ACGUGACAUCAUGAGCUGUGCUGUGUUGUCACCAGCUGCUGUCUGGAAGAUGAAGGAAAAGUGGCCGCGUCUCGCUUGAUUGUGUGUCCACGAGCAGCCCGCAGCACGACCGUUAGCAUCGCGGUGAGGACUGAGAGCUGCUACGGGAUGACUGAUGGAAACACCGGAGCCUCGCCGGGCUCCCAGUGAUGGUAUCAGUUACAUAAGCGAAGGCAUCCAUAAGACAAAAACUGUGAUAACGGACUAGUACAGGUCGGAGUUGAAGCCAUUUUUCUCUGCAAUUGUUUCCUACAGUAGGUACGGUGCUUUCGGAUCGGCACGACCGCCGUCAUGAACGUGGGCACGGCGCACAGCGAGGUGAACCCCAACACCCGAGUGAUGAACAGCAGAGGCAUGUGGCUGUCUUACAUCCUGGGCAUCGGCCUCCUGCACAUCAUCCUGCUCAGCAUUCCCUUUGCCAGCGUGCCCGUGGUCUGGACCCUCACCAACCUCAUCCACAACCUGUGCAUGUACCUCCUACUUCACACGGUCAAAGGGACGCCGUUUGAGACCCCAGAUCAGGGCAAGGCUCGCCUCCUGACACACUGGGAGCAGAUGGACUACGGAGUGCAGUUCACCGCUUCACGCAAGUUCCUCACCAUCACGCCCAUUGUCCUGUACAUACUAACCAGCUUCUACACCAAAUACGAUCGGGUCCAUUUUGUGGUGAACACCGUCUCCCUGCUCACUGUACUCAUCCCCAAGUUGCCCCAGCUGCACGGCGUCAGGAUCUUUGGGAUUAAUAAGUACUGACAAGGCAGAAGAGGACACUUCCUUGUCUAAGUCCCAGUGGACAGCUGAGAGCACAAAAGAGCUGCAGAUCCACAAGGAUCCGUGACUGUCUGGCUCUCGGCUCUGCUGAGCGGCGCUCUAAAUGAAGCCUGCUGGGGAUGCUGCCAUGGUACCAAACUGCAGGAAAGAGACACAAGAUACAUUACAGAGAGGACAAAGGGACAGGAGUGCUGUAGUGACUGUCUGUGGCCCUUCUUUCAGUCACAUGUUUUCCACUGACCCUUAAGAAUCAUUUGUAAAAAGGAGUAUUAUGUCUGUUUCUAUAGAAAGGACAGUUUUCUUUGAUGUGACAGGUGUCAGGCCCAAAGGACAAUGCAGCCGCACAAACGUCAUGUGCCGUUUAACACCGACCGGCACGCUGAGGCAGUAAUCAAAGUUAUUUUCUAAGUAAUGACACACUGCUGUAUUUAUUCAGCUUCAUUCACACAAGGAGCUUCCUCCUCCUUGAGGUUUCUGGGCCCAGAGGAGACCAGCGGUACUCUAAUGAGAUGGUGAGGGACCUGUGAACUGCAGCAGAGGCGAGACACGAGAAGCCACAGUGUUUUAUAUUUAGCCCUCGCUGUUCCACUCAGGGCCAAGUUUGGGAAGUUGAGCAUUUCUUAUUUUUAUCUGCCCAUUUCCGUAUUUGGACUCCUCUUGUCCCGAUUUGAGUCACAGAAAGCCUCCUGUCUGUUCAGUCAUCUGGCCUGUGUGUACAAAGUACAGUCUGUAUAAAAUUAAGAGCAAUCCACUGAUCCAGCAAAUCCACAACGUUCUGCAGUGUGAGUUAAGAGAUAAGUAUUUCUGUCCUCACUACGCCUAUGCAGUCUAAUGUCAUCUAAUACGUUAGCCUUGCAGUGCAUCCUGAAUUAAAGCUGCAUUGGUUGAAUCUUGUAGCCAUUUAUUGGCAUCAAACAAUCCUGAGAGGCAGCACUGAAAUGUCUGCCAAAGUUGCUUCUGUACAUUACCAGAAGACAGUUAGCAACAGAAGCAUUCGCUUGGAGACGUGUUUUAUGCCACCUGAUGAAUCCAAGUCCAGCAUUCACUCUCCUCUUAGUGCUGUUUUGGUCUCCACCAGCUCCUGAGCAGGCAGCAAGCUGUGGGUGUUUGGAGCUUUUAGCUGAAAGCAGCUUCCUGCUGGAAACACGGCUGAUCACUUCUGAGUUUGUUAACCAGAAAACCAAAAACAGUGAACUAAAAGAUGCUAUAAAGCUCUGCGAAUGAAUGCUAAAUUUCUGUGUGGUGCCACUCUGAGCAAAACCUUCUCACACGGCAGUCAUUUAGUCUUGUUAAUUUAAAAUUGCCGGCUGUAGUGCAGCUUUGGGAUUGCUUCCAAACACAGCAACUGGAAAGAGAUGCUGGCUUAUUAAACACCGAAGGUGAUUUUAUUUUUUCACUGUAGCAGCAUCCGCAAAAUGAAGUCUAAUCCAAGCCU